CCAAAACAAAAACACACCAACCAGUCAAACCAAGCCUAACCUCAAACUCAAACUGCAACGCAUAAACACCAACACCGUUGGGUAAUAACUGGUCCCUUACCAAAUAAAUCAUUCCAAUUUGGUUGAAAAAGUGUUCUCGUAAGAUAAGGUUCUAUCCCUAUAACAGUUCCUUAUGAUGACUUCCCAUUUAAGGAGAGAGGUUUUGAGAGCCUUCAAGGGAUUACACAAAGCUAGAAAAUCUGUCUUUGAGGGGGACGAACAUGCACUCCAACUAACUCGAGCUAAGAUCAAUGAGGAGUAUCAAAAAAACAAACAUUUUGAAGAUAAAACAAAAAUAGAGGAGAUGAUAAAAUUCUCCAAAGAUGUUGAAACUGAGUUAAAAACAACUGUUGUCCAGGCUAGGGAAGUUGAACCUCUAAAAUAUGAGGUUCGAUUCAGAGAUGAAACAGUGAGGAUGGAUAACAAGCCAUAUCAGGAUGUACCAGAAGAAAUUCUCAUGGCAAACAUGAAAAAAGGAGGGAAAAAAUGUGGAGACGUGAAAAAAACUUGAAGACCGAAAAACUAAUCAGAGUGAUUUAUUAAAGGUCCAAUGAUCAAAACUGGUCCUAGUUGUCCUAAAUCAUGGGCUUUUAGUGAUUCAUUCUGGUUAUAGAAUCAGUUGGUCUUAGUCAGUAACAAAGCUACACAUGUAUUUACCUUUAAAUACAGCCUUUGGUAUUUCUGCAUAGUUGAAAUAUAAUCUUGUUCCUGUUAGGAACGUACUAGGCAGUCACUAGAACUCAUUUAAUGUGUGCAUAUUUUAUCCUCAUAGGUAGCAGCAGCCGCAGAGUAUUUUUUUUGCGGCUGUUGUUUUGUAAUUGGCAACUCAAUGCACACGUUUAGUAUUUUUGUUUAAUGAUGAUUAACAUUAAAGGUUGACUGAUUGAUUAGUUUGGAAGCAACUUAUUGUGCAUUUUUUGUUACAAGUCUACAGUUUUACAAUAGAAUUUCAUAUCAUCUACCUGUUUCUGUAUUAUAGUGUUGACUAUUGAUGUAAAUAGAUAUUUCGUCCCCAUUUAAAUUUUCUUAAUUUUUAGAAUCAUAAUAGACAUAGUUGAAUUGAUCCACUGACAUUGAGCUGAUGUAAGCUGUUGGUUGUUGGUUUCUAACGAAUUCGCCAUAUUUUUUACCAAGUCAAACUGAUAGAACAACUUAUUGUAGCUUUUAUGUCACAUAAACUGUACAAAAAUAGUAACAAAAACCAAGGAAUAAAAUAGAAUUUAAGGCUGUAGUCCACUUCAUGAAUGGCUCAAUCAGUGGCGGUUCCAAGGGAGGGUCUACCCUGGUAAUAUAAAUUUAAACAUAAAAUUUUUCAUAAAAACCUAACAAAGGUUUCUGGAUACAGUUCUAGACGUUAAAAAUGGUUUUAAAAAUAGCAAAUUUUCAGCAGGAGAACCACCUGACCUCCCUUCUGGUGUGAUUCACCCCCAUUAGCACCCUCUUACUUAGAACCACCCCUGGGAUCAUUCAACUAUUUUCUUUUCUAAUAGAAAAUAGGCUACCUGGUACAUAUGGUCACCUGGACUAUAUGGAUGGUAUUUCUGAUCUAGUAUCCAAAAUAAAAUUACCAUAGGUAAUAAAGAAUAAUCAUCUAUCACAUGUAUUUUUUUAUUUAACUGUAAUAAAUUCUAUUAUUUGA